GAGAGUCGCUGCAACCAUAGGAGGAGUUGCGGCAAGGUCGCCACAGCAUCACACGGUAAGCUGGCUAGCCAACAAUCUCUCAGCGCCACGGUGUCGAGAAGCAGACGUAGGUCAUUUGCGUGUGUACAGAGCGGAGAGCCUAAGGACGAAGACUCGCCUUGGAUAAUUCAUCACAGCCUCAAAUGCUUAUCCGGUCCUGUAAGCUGAUGCCUCUCGCGCCAAGACUCGUGUCGUCCGUGUGAGCUUACUAGCAUUCUCCAUUCACGUUCGCAUGUGAAAAGUGCGGCUCGUUUGAGAGCGACAGCGGUCUCCGCGGCUGAGUUCGUGCGCAGAAAUUAGACGGGUCUUCCACCAUCGGCGGAGGGAGAGGCACUGUGGCUAGUUACAGCUGCGGCGCGCAAGACAAUAACUAGCGCGAGGAUAAGUGGGAUCGCUGCACUUCUGUCGCCGCACACGAGUUUCCUCGCGCGUUAACUGGGACAGCGUGUCUGCUACCGGUAAGACUUGCCAUGUCAGCGCCGAACAGUCUCUCCCCCGCCCAGGGAGAAGUCCCCCCGCCAGAGACGGACAGUCUGGUCGUGGACAGUGGCUUAAAGCCCGCGGGUCCGACACCUAGCCAGAGUAGGUUCCAGGUGGAUCUCGUGGCGGAGGCAGGCGGCGACGCUUGUGGAAGCGACAAAACGCCCGGUUCCGAUUGCUCUCCGCUAGCAUCUGGCGACAAGGCGACUCCCAACGUGGACAAGACAGCGGAACAGGUUGGUGUUGAGGACGCGAAGGGCAGAUUUCGGGUGGUGAACUUUGCGGACGCGAGCGCGGCCUCGAGCCCAGAUGCUGCGCCUGCGGAGAGUGUCCAGAACGGAGACACCGUGAUGAGCGAGGGCAGCCUGCAUUCGUCUACCGGAGGCCAGCAACACUAUUGUUAUGACACUCACACCAAUACCUAUUACCUGCGGACUUUUGGCCACAACACUAUCGAUGCCGUGCCGAACAUCGAUUUCUACAGACAGACCGCAGCGCCCUUGGGAGAAAAGCUCAUCAGACCCACCCUGUCAGAGUUGCACGACGAGGUAGAUAAGGAGCCUUUUGAGGAUGGAUUUGCCAACGGCGAUGAGCUGACCCCAGCCGAGGAGGCUGCAGCCAAAGAAGCAGCUGAGUCCAAAGGAGUUGUGAAGUUUGGAUGGGUGAAAGGAGUGCUGGUCCGCUGCAUGUUGAACAUUUGGGGCGUGAUGCUCUUCAUCCGCAUGACAUGGAUCGUGGGCCAGGCCGGAGUUGUAUGUUCCUGUGCUAUCGUUGCUAUGGCAACGGUUGUGACCAGCAUCACUGGCUGCUCGACCUCGGCGAUAGCAACCAACGGUUUCGUGAGAGGAGGAGGGGCAUAUUAUUUGAUAUCUCGAAGUUUAGGCCCAGAAUUUGGAGGCUCUAUUGGUCUAAUCUUUGCUUUUGCCAACGCAGUGGCAGUGGCCAUGUAUGUUGUGGGAUUUGCUGAGACAGUCGUUGAACUUCUUGAAGUUGCUGGUGCCACCAUGUUUGAUCAAGUCAAUGACAUCAGAAUCGUUGGAACUAUUACUGUCAUUAUCCUUCUGGGGAUCUCGGUGGCAGGCAUGGAGUGGGAGGCCAAGGCCCAGAUUUUCCUUUUGGUUAUCUUGAUCUGUGCCAUCUUCAACUACUUCAUUGGCACAUUCAUCUUCAUCGAGUCAAAGGAAAAAUAUGGAUUCUUUAGCUAUGAUGCUGGCAUCUUGCUAGAGAAUUUAGCACCGGACUUCCGAGGAGAAACGUUCUUCUCUGUCUUUGCCAUCUUCUUCCCUGCAGCCACUGGCAUUCUCGCUGGGGCCAACAUCUCAGGAGAUCUUGCAGAUCCCCAGAUGGCGAUCCCUAAGGGAACUCUUUUGGCCAUUCUUAUCACAGGCUUGGUCUACAUGGGUGUUGCUAUAUCUGCAGGCUCUUGCAUUGUGAGAGAUGCCACAGGCGUUGUGAUCAAUAGCACUAUGACUGAUGACUUUAAAUGCAAUGGUGCAGCCUGCAAGUAUGGUUAUGACUUCUCCUCCUGCAAGCCAGUUAAUGGAAGUCAGUCGUCUUCUUGCAAGUAUGGGCUCCACAAUGACUUCCAGGUUAUGAGUGUGGUUUCAGGUUUUGGGCCUCUCAUCACAGCAGGGAUUUUCUCUGCAACUCUCUCUUCGGCCCUGGCCUCUCUGGUCAGCGCUCCCAAAGUGUUCCAGGCUUUAUGCAAAGACAACAUCUACCCAGGCAUUGCCGGCUUCGCCAAGGGCUACGGCAAGAACAAUGAGCCCCUACGUGGCUAUCUUCUCACCUUUGCCAUCGCUCUGGCUUUCAUCCUAAUCGCUGAACUCAACGUCAUUGCGCCGAUCAUAUCCAACUUCUUCCUGGCCUCUUACGCCCUGAUCAAUUUCUCCGUGUUCCAUGCCUCUCUGGCCAACUCUCCUGGGUGGAGACCCAGCUUUAAAUACUACAACAUGUGGGUGUCCCUGGCCGGAGCCGUGCUCUGCUGUGUGGUCAUGUUCGUCAUCAACUGGUGGGCAGCCCUGUUGACCAACGUCAUCGUCUUGUCUCUCUACAUUUACGUGAGCUACAAGAAGCCAGAUGUGAACUGGGGUUCUUCCACCCAGGCACUGACCUACCACCAGGCCCUGACACACAGCCUGCAGCUCUGCGGUGUCUCAGACCACGUGAAAACCUUCAGGCCGCAGUGUUUGGUGAUGACGGGAGCGCCCAAUUCUCGCCCGGCCCUCCUCAAUCUGGUCCACGCCUUCACCAAGAAUGUUGGCCUCAUGGUCUGUGGCCAUGUGCGCAUCUGUUCCCGCCGGCCUAACUUUAAAGAGCUGAACAGCGACAUGUUGCGCUACCAGCGCUGGCUUCUCAACAACAAGUCCAAGUCUUUUUACAGCCCCGUCGUUGCUGAGGACCUGCGACAAGGCACACAGUACCUUCUACAGGCUGUGGGGCUCGGGAGACUGAGGCCAAACACACUAGUGCUCGGCUUCAAGAACGACUGGAGAAGUGCAGACAUGAAGGAUACAGAAACCUACAUCAACCUGAUACAUGAUGCCUUUGACUUCCAGUAUGGUGCUGUCAUUCUCAGACUGAGAGAAGGACUUGAUAUUUCCCAUAUCCAAGGCCAAGGUGAUUCUUCUGCCUCCAAAGAUGAUACUUCAGCCAUGAAGGAUGUGGUGGUGUCCAUCGACAUGAGCAAAGACUCGGACGGCGACUCCUCCAAGCCCUCUUCCAAGACUGCAAGCAUUCAGAACAGUCCAGCUGUCCAGAAAGAUGACGAGGAUGACGGCAAAGCCCCCACACAGCCCCUGUUGAGAAAAGAUAAAACGAGCCCAACGGCGCCGCUGAACGUGGACGACCAGAAGCUGCUCGAGGCCAGUCGCCAGUUCCAGAAGGAACAGGGAAAGGGCACGGUGGACGUGUGGUGGCUGUUCGACGAUGGCGGCCUCACUCUGCUCAUCCCCUACCUGCUCACCAACAAAAAGAAGUGGAAGGACUGCAAGAUCCGCGUGUUCAUCGGUGGCAAGAUCAACAGGAUCGACCACGACCGCCGAUCAAUGGCCACUCUGCUCAGCAAGUUCAGGAUAGAUUUCUCUGACAUCACCGUCCUGGGAGACAUCAGUACGAAGCCAAAGGCCGAGAGUCUGACAGAUUUUGCCCAGAUGAUUGAGCCCUACAGGCUGCAUGAGGAUGACAUGGAGCAGGAGGUGGCAGACCAGCUUAAAGCAGACGAGCCCUGGAGGAUCACAGACAAUGAGAUUGAGCUAUACAAGGCCAAGAGCAAUCGUCAGAUUAGACUCAACGAGCUGUUGAAGGAGAACUCCAGCUCAGCCACCCUUAUUGUCAUGAGUAUGCCCCUGGCAAGAAAAGGAGCGGUGUCCAGCGCACUCUACAUGGCCUGGCUAGAUACUCUCUCCAAGGACCUCCCCCCUAUCCUGUUGGUUCGUGGCAACCACCAGAGCGUUCUUACGUUCUAUUCUUAAGCGGCUUGCUCGUCACCGACCCUGUGAAGCACACCUCAACGAUAUACCAACACUAAACACAAAUGUGCACACCCAACACACGCAGAUAGAUCACCUGGGACUGUAAAGGUAGUGGUGAUGGUCAAGAGGGGCCUAGAGAGACUAGAAGCACUAUGGGAAGGUCUUGUUUUCUGGAGCUCUGUGAUCCCUGUCUCUGGCGUGCAUGACAGCAGAGGACGUGAGCACAGUUUGUUUCUGGAAUGUUCCAUCAGGACAAUAGAGGACAAGAUGAGAAUGUGUUCAAUAAUUUAGGGUCAAUGUUUUUUGGCUCACAAGCAUUUGAGUGUGAAGUAACACAUUGUUCUAGUCUUAUUAUUAUUAUUUUAUUUUUUUUGUCACUGUAAAAUUGUGGAUCUUUUUUCUUGCUCUUUGAAGCAGCAAUAAUUACCCUGUUUUGCUUUUUCCUCAUGCAAGAAAAUCAUUCAGAAUGCUUCGCAACACCUUCUAUAGCCUUAUAGAUGUGCCUUCCAGUUCUGUCAAAUUAAAUUAAAUGUUGCCCUGACUGAUGCUCAAAUGCAUGUAGAUGUUGUAGAAUGUUUCUAAAAUUGGGCUUUAAAUGUCCUUAAGAUUUUAGCAAUGUUUUAUGCAAGUGGACUGGUAUUGGCAAAGGAUUCCACUUCUAAGCAUAAAAAGCUUGUUUUUCCACUGAGGUCUAAAAAUGUCCAGUCGCAUUUUGUCUUUGUUCAUUUAUUUUCCAGGUUUCAGGUCUUCCUUUAAACUGUGAAGGGAUGUUGGUGUCCUUAGUACAGUAUCCUCUAAUAAUUCCAGAUGUUAUGAUCUCCAGAGCUCUAUUGAGGUGGAGGGUGAGAAUUCCUCAGAAUAGAGGGUGAAAUCAGAAUUUAGAUGUAGUGAAUGGGCGAUAGGUGGUCCAAACAAAUACUGUAGAACUUCACUAGAGUGCAGAUGAACAAUGUAGGGUUUAAGAUGUGCUUAAACAGGUACCUGUCUAAAAGGAAGGUGUCUCCAGAACAAGUGGGACAUCAAAGCUGCUAUUCAGUUAUGGACACUCGAAGAACAAUCAACCAAAAAUGUGACGUAACGUCUUCAACCCACAUUUAGCAAAUUCCACAAACCUGUAGGUCCUACCACAGAGGAUGACUUUGCCUUAAAAGCAGAAGUAAUGAUUGCUGACCUUAACUUCUAUCUUAUAAGCCAUAGUGGCUGGUUGAUUAGCAGGUAAAUGCAGAUAUAGAGAGGUAGAAUAUAGGCAUAAAAAUGGAAUGUAAUGUCUGAUAUAAAGUGCUUUUUAAAAAAAAAAAUAUUUUUUUUCUCCCGCCCCCUUUAGUCUUUGUUAAAUUUGUCUUAAAGCCAUCCCAUCUAAGUAAUCUUUUUUUUCUUUCUUGAAGCAGUUCAAAACUGUAGAGGCUGAGUUAAGCCAUUUCAGUAAAGCAUGUCAACACCUUUUAUCACAAACCAACUUUUCAAUUCGUGUUGUAGUCAAAGAUAUUGGACAGCUGCAUAUCAUGUUCAUUCUCAAUUGCAUGUUAAAUAUUAGGGCUUCCCUCUCUUGCGCAGUGUAGUUUGAACAGCCUGUUAAAGUUUUACAGCCGCUGUUAAGGGCCAAGCGACAGAUUGCAGGAUGUCUUGAUGUGGUGGUUGAAACCAGCACCAAGAAUGGUUUUUCCCAUGUUUGUGGUCUUGUCUAGUGGGAUAUGCAUGUUCCUCUAUGGAGGUGCACCAAGAUGAGUGGUGCUCCUUACCCAGGCUUUAAAAUGAAGGUAACGUUUUUGUUUUUAAGUCACUCUAAACUCAGGAUUGGAUCUCUUCCACCCGCUGUGCUUUUCCAGUCCUGCUUUAACAUUGCAAUUUCUUACCGUUGAAGAGAUCCAGUGCACAGGAUUGGCAGGAUUUUCUUAGGCUGAGUUUUAUGUUGUUGAGGAGGUGAAUGUGAGAGGUUGUUUCCAUGUCUUGCCAAUGUCAAAUGGAUCCACUCAGCCUUACAGGAAAACUCCCAACAACUCGCUGGUUGGUUUUGCAUGGUACACUGCCUCCAUUCUGCACUCAUGGUAGUCUUCAACAUGUGACAUAAUGUUGUUUUUUAAUAUAUAGGAAGGUCAACUGAAUGUAAACACUAUUGCGCUAAAAAGAUGCUUGUUAUUGUCCUUCCAUUACAUUUGAGCAAAUAUUUAUAUAGAAUUUUUUUUUUUUUCCCCCUUUUUUCCAAACUACCUUUAUACACAAUGGUCCAAAGGCAAGCCUGAUGAUGUGACGCGUGUUGGCAGGCUCUGUUUGCUGAAAAUAUCGUCAUGACCCAACAAUACACACUGAUGACCUAUAACCAUGUGAAUAAUAGGCACAAUUGAAUAUGUUCAUAUUUAUAGCGCUCUCUCUCUCUCUCUCUCUCUCUCUCUCUCUCUCAUAUUCAUAUAUGAGAGAGAACACACACGCACGCUAAUGUGUAAAAGGACUUUGUACUUAGUAUAUGUGAUGUAGUUUUAAUUUUCAAAUCGGUGGGCAUUGUGAAGUUUUGAGUUCAGAUGGUACAGUCUCGUUUAAGAUCUGUUACAUGUGUCAGCGUGUGUGUGCGGCUGUAUAGACCUCAAAUUCCCCUAACAACUACAAAAUAAUCCUGAAAUUAGCCAUCAUGUGUUUAAAUUAUUAAAAUAUAUAUUUAUAUAUAGUUAAAAUUGGGAAAAUAUUUAGAUGUCAAGUAAACUUGCUAUGGAUAUAUGUAACAACCACCUAAUGUGUGUUUACUGUAAGUGUGCAUUAUUCAUAACUGUAUGGCCACAUGUAGCUGUGGCAGUAGAGGCUA